CAGCCAGAGCAGGGCGAAUAGACAAGAAGCCGAUGCCGCUGCGUCGAGGGACCUGUCAUCUAUGCCCUGCUCGGCGACACCUCUCGUGGCUAUUGUUGAUGGGUCAGAGUGGGCUGACAAGAUACAGAUGCAGCCAGAGCAGGGCGAAUAGACAAGAAGCCGAUGACGCUGCGUCGAGGGACCUGUCAUCUAUGCCCUGCUCAGCGACACCUCUCGUGGCUAUUGUUGAUGGGUCAGAGUGGGCUGACAAGAUACAGGUCCAUGUAAUUUGGAAAAGUACGUAUAUGAAGAUGGGCGGGACUUCUAACCCUAGAAAUGGCAACCAGGAAUAUGCCAGGCACAUGAAACCAGCCAUCCAGAUCAACUUCAGCCAAUGGGAAAUUAGCUCCUUGUCCUUUAAAACUUGUUGCUGCAUCUCCUCCUUCGAGUGGCAAGGCGAUUCUAAUCAUGGACAAGUUAGAAACUCCACCCUGUGCAACACUACCUGAAUCUCCUUCAUCAUUGCUGCUCUCCCUUAGGAGAAGUUCUACUUCUUCACAACAUAGGUAGGUUAGGUUUUUUAAUUCAUCUUCAGGUAAUAAUACCUGUUCAAUGUUUUUUUGUGAUGCAUUUGAAACAUCUGUGCUAGGA